AUGUCUACUAGUAAAUGUGCAGCACCAAGCAGCGAUGAUGCACUUGAACCCGCCUCGAAGCGCAUGCGCGACAGAAAUUAUGAAGGCAAUUCUCAUCCAGUGCCAUCACCAUUGGCAGAUCAAGGCGCAUGGCACAUUCUAGCCCAAUUCCUAGAAACCGAGAUGAGUUACAGUGAGAUGGAAGAGAAGCUCUCAUUGUAUCUCGGCGAUCGAUACUCUGUGGAUGAUUGGAACGAUGCCAAAAUCACACUCUUCUCCGGUGAAGACGAUAUUGGAGCCUGUUUGAGAAACCUUGAGAUCUUAAGAAAGAGGUACAUACCCCGUCAACCCCGCCCUUUUCAGUGGAAGAAUAUAUAUCUCGACAUUGAAGCAGAUGAUGGAGACAACGAUGAUGGCAAUGGCGGCAAUGACGAGCAGGAUCAGGAAGGCUCUUCUGUAGCCGCCUGGUCCCCCGCUACGCUCGAGAGUAGAAUGUAUUUGCUGCAUGUCCAUAGAACUGCUGCUGUUUAUAUUGCUGAACAUCUUCAGGGUAAAGGAUUCCCCGUAACUGUAUCGCCUUGGCUGCCUGGGCAGCUUUAUGUGGUCUCAGAUAGCCCUAAAACCAUCGCAUCGUCCCUUCCGCCCUCACAUAAACUUUCAGUAAAGGACUAUCAUUGCAUCUCGGAUGAAGAACGCAUUGCAGUAGAACAUUCAACAAACAAAUUUCCCAACCCUUCGUGGGUAAGGGUCAAAUCUGGCACAUACAAGGGUGCCGUGGGCUAUGUCUUUGACCCCGAUCAAUCUGAAGCUUUACUCGACCGCUCUCACCUUCCAAAAGACGAGGAAGUUAUCGACAUCAUUCGCGAUGGCGAAAUUAUAGGAUGUUCAUACAAAAAACAGCGAUACUAUAGGGGACUACUCUUAAGGAAAUUCCACCGCUACCAACUAGAACUUGUCGCUUGCCCACAUGCUGAUGACAUUAGACUGCAUGUGCAGUCUGGGUUUGACACACCCUUCAUCAAGAAAUCCAUCGCGGCAUUCUCAAAGCAGUUUUUGCGUGUAGGAGAUGCGGCCAGGAUCAUCACAGGAGCAGUACAAUCAGAAAUUGGCAUGGUCGUGUCAACAGACCAUGGGUUUGGUGGAUCUGCACGCAUUGAAUUAAACUUAGACGGGCAUCGGAAAGAACUGGAGGCCCGACUUGAGCAUGUGGAGCGUGUUUUUUGGGUUGGCGACGUGGUUCGAGUCGUAGCAGGUUCACACCUGGGCUUAGAAGGUCAUAUUGUUGAAAUGGACAAGGAGAUCUUUCGUGUUUGCCAAGGGAUCUCUAUGGAAGAGAUACAAGUGUCAAGAUAUUACAUAGAUCGUCGUCAUCAGAUUUGCACGACACAUUCGUAUCUACCAUUGCGCCAACACUUCGAACCUCCCUUCGAGUCUCAAUCUAUUGAAAUUGGGGACCACAUAGAAGUUCUUCUAGGCGAGCACAUCAGGAAGCAGGGCGUCGUGACCUGGUCUCCUAUUGGAGGAACCCAACUGUGGUUCCGGGAGAAGUCUUCAAGUCCUCAGAUGUCGACUUCAUAUUAUACAGAAUACUAUUCAGGACCUCCAAAUAUCCGAGUUCCUGUGGCAUUUGUUCAGCGGACGCUCCUACUCCAAACAAUCAAAUUUACCAAGGAAAAAGGCUAUGAUCUCAAGCCUGGAGACGUCGUGAAGGUCGCGCAUGGGCCGGAGUAUCAGGCAAAAGGGAUCGUCCAGAGCAUUGACUUCCCAAAGGCUCACCUGAUACUACUAUCUGAGAGUGAUCACUCGCUUAUUGACAUUCCAAUUGAAUUUACGACGAAAAUACUCAAUGUGGCAUCCUUGGAUUCUAUCAACAAGGUCAUCAGCCAAGAAGUUUUUGUGGUUGGAGGUGACCAGAAGGGUUUCCGAGGCACUUUAUAUGACAUUGGAGGGGAGAAUUGCACUGUUGCUAUCAAUGGCCAGGUGCACAGUAAACUUAAAUGCAAGGACAUUGUAACCAGGUACGGGAUGAGAUUAAAUAGCAUAAUGCUAGGAGAAUCGGACUUGAUAGCAUUUUGUGACAUGCGAAAAAGAUCUUACUUGGUGUCACAACCACGAAGAUGCACAACACCUCCUCCUGACCCAGUUCCCUCCAGCUUGUCUAAUUCUGUUGGCACAACUCCUACCCCAUCCUCAUCCAGUUGGACUACCUGGAAUCUCGGCCAGGAUAUCGACAGUGCGAAUUUAGACGAUCCGUCAUCGAAUGUCGAUCUUAGCUUAUCGACAUCCGACCCAUGGACUGUCGAUGCACAGGACAUCCAGGAUAACAUAGAUGCCAGUAUGGAAAAGAUCAAAGAGAGCAUCUCACUGAGUUUCAAACAUGCCAAGUUCUACAAACGAUUCGUAUCAACAGCCUGUCCUGAUCCGUUCUGCGGUGUGAAUGGGCCUGCACCCGAAGAUUGCAUCGCAGUAUUUUGUACAUCCAGUCGUGCAGGUGCUGUGCUUGAACAUUACCAUAUUCCAGCCAGGGAUCUGAGUCCAGCUCCUCCACGAAAAAAAACCAAGAAUGUCUCAUUCUAG